CAACGCUGCGUCACGCGCCAUCUUUAGAGAGCAGCGCGCUGAGGAAACGCAAACACGCGUUAAUCCUGUUUACUGCAGUUAUAUUUGCUUAACGUGAACUAGACAUUACGAUGGGGGUGAAGGCGCAGCGUCCUCGCUGCUUUUUUGACUUCGGCAUCAGUAACGUGCCUGCGGGACGGGUAGUCAUUGAACUCUUCUCUGAUGUGUGUCCCAAGACUUGUGAAAACUUCCGCUGCCUGUGCACAGGUGAGAAAGGAAUUGGUAAAACCACUCAGAAACCCUUGCACUACAAAGGAAGUUUGUUCCACAGGAUAGUGAAGGACUUCAUGAUACAAGGAGGAGACUUUAGUGAAGGAAAUGGCAGAGGUGGUGAAUCCAUAUAUGGAGGAUUCUUUGAAGAUGAAAGCUUCACAAUGAAACACACCAAGGAGUUCCUACUGUCAAUGGCAAACAGGGGGAAAGACACCAAUGGCUCACAGUUCUUUAUAACUACAAAGCCAACUCCUCACUUGGACGGACUUCAUGUGGUGUUUGGUCAGGUGAUCUCCGGCCAGGAGGUGAUCCAGAUGAUCGAGAGUCAGAAGACUGAUCCCAAUAGCCGACCCUACACCGAGGUCAAAGUGCUCAACUGUGGGGAACUUAUUCCAAAAUCUAAAGCAAAAAAAGAGAAGAAGCAUCAGUCUUCCAGCGAGAGCGAUGACGACUCUUCCUCAGACAGCUCCACUGACUCUGAAUCGGAGAAGGACGAGAAGAAACGACGGAAGAAAGACAAGAAAGAACACAAGAAAAAGAAGGAACAGAAACACAAGAAGAAAGAAAAGAAGGGGUCUGAUGAGGAAGAGGCUGAUGCCCAAGCUGUGUCGUCCAUCCGCCCUGAGGAAGUCCCGCCCGUUCCAGAAAACCGCUUCCUGAUGAGACGAAGCCCUCAGAAGGCCAAAGAGGAGGACCAAGGCAAAGAACAGCGCAAGGAGGACUCUGGGAGAGAGAGGCAGAGAGAAAGAGUCAGGGAGAGGGAGAGAGAAAGAGACAGACCCAUGGCGAACUCUAGGCCAAAUCGCACAAGACUGGUGAUGACCAGAUCAGGGCGAAGAAUUAAAGGAAGAGGACCCAGGCGCUAUCGGACGCCAUCUCGAUCGCGCUCACGGUCAUGGGAUCGCUUUCGACGCAGUGAGACACCUCCACACUGGCGGCAGGAAAUGCAAAGGACACAGAAAGCUAAAGCCAACUCCUCCAUCACCCAAGAACGAUGGAUCAAAGGGGACAAAGGAGAUAUGUCAGAUCUAAAGACGGAUGCCGCCGAGCCAGCUGUGAGCGAGAACAAAAAAGCAGAGCUGGAAGAAGCAAAGAAAAACUCUGACAAAGACAAGAAAGAAAAACGAAAUAAAUCUCGCAGUCCCUCCAGAGGAAGAGAGAGGAAGAGGGACAGACAUCGUUCAAAGAGCAGGGACAGGGAAGCUCGCAAAAAGACUGACGCCGAUGCGAAAAAGAAGAAAGCUCGCAGCCGAAGCAAGAGCAAAGAAAAUAAGAGGGAGAAGGACGAAAAGCGCAGCAAAGCGGAUGACAAACGGGGACGCUCGAGCAGCAAGGACAAGAAAGACAAAUACACCAAAGAACGAGAGAAGAAAGAAAAAGAACAAGACGACAAGAGUAAGGAAAAGACCAAACAACAUUCCGAGGGGAAUGAAAAGGAGAAAACAAAGGAUGUGGAAAAGAAAAAGAAUGGAGAGCAGCGUCGCGACAGAUCGAAAAGCAGAGAAAAGGGCCGCAAUGCCACACGAAGGUCCCGCUCGAGGGGGCGUGGCCAAUCACGCGACCGAGGGCGUGACAGACGUCACAGCAGCAGCAGAGACAGAAGAUCUUCUCGCCGGUCCAGAAGCAGAGAGCGAGACCGUGCUCGGGACCGGGGAAAAGAUGCAGAAGACCGAAACAAGAGGAAGAGUACGGAUGACUCGAAGAGCAAAGAGACCAGAGGGAGAGACAGGAGCUCGAAAGACCGUUCCUCGCCGAAACAUUGGAGCAAAGAGAGGGAUGAUAGACAGAGCAGGAAAAGGAAGGAAAAGAGCCACAGUGGAAACAGCGAUUCUGAGAGUGAUGGAGAUAAACAAAAGAAGCGAAAAAGGAGUGCGAGCCCAAAAUCAAAAGAGAAAGUGAAGGACAAGUCGAAAAGCCCAAGAAAAGAUGCAAAGAAAAAGGGCUCUAGUUCCAGCGACAGUGACUGAGAUUCUGCAUGUACUGUACCCCAUUUUAUUCAUGUUUUGCUGUACAAUGAUCGAUACAAAGAGACUCCUGCCGUAUUUUAGUCAUUGUAUAAACUGGACAUGCCCUGGUCCUAAAUUCCUGGAAUAUUUGUCUUGAUUUGAUACAGACAGCAAAAUUCUAAUUAGUUUCAGAUUCGGUUGUAUUUGUCCUGCUUUUGUCUUUUCAUUUGUAUUCUCUCGUUUUCAUCGCCCAUGUCCUUCCAUAAUCUAAUGUUUAGUGAGGAUAGAAGUUUCUUAGUAAAAAUGGUUGCUUGGAAAAAAAGUUUCUGUUUUGAAUGGUUUUUUAAAAGGGGUUUGUUGGGGACAUGUUUGCGUACCUUGGAAUUUUGUAAGGGCUUUAUGUUUGUAAAGAGAUUACAUUUGACAAUGUAGGUUCUGUUGAAUUUGAGAAAUAAAAUUGAUACUGAA